CCAGUCUUCAUUCAUAACGGAGACACUUAAACAGAAGCUGUGUUUACCGUCAAACUCAAACUGCCUUGUCAACAUUAUGGGCAUAGGCCAUCAUCAUACCGGUAAGGUCACAGAGACCUGUGUGGCGCAAUUGAGGUCAUUAGUCAACCAGUUCAACGUCACAUCAGGCUUUUUAGGAUUACCACAAAUAACAGGUCACAUACCUAAAUUACAUAUAGAUACUACACAAAUACAAAUACCUAAUGGCAUCCAAUUAGCAGAUCCAAACUUUCACCAACCAGCGCCGAUUGAAAUACUCAUCGGUGCCGAUCUUUUCUGGGAGAUUCUUCCUAAUAAUCCAAAGUUAAGAAGCUCUCAGUUUGGUUGGAUUAUUUCGGGUCCUAUGACUACAAUCACUACAUCACACAAAAAUAAAACAGUACAAUGUAACCAUUCCAUAAUAUCAAACAGACUUAAUGAUGACAAUACUAAAAUUCACAAUUACCUAACUAAAUUCUGGGAACUUGAAGAAGUUCCACUAAGAUCCAAAUUGAGUGAAAGUGAGAAGGCAUGUGAAUCUCAUUUUCUAUCUCACACUUUCCGCUUAGAGUCCGGUAGAUUCGCAGUGAGUUAA